AGCACCUCCUGGGCACGACGCUGACUCAGCCCCCCCCCCGAGGGGGCGGCCGAGGGAGGAUGCAAAGGAAGCCUCGCCCGCCACGGCGAACAGGCCAAUUGCAUGUUGGUGUAGGAUCAAGCAUUCCUUCCGGGAAGUGGAUCCUAAGCUGUACAGCCGAGUUUGAGGAAUUUUUGACCUGCCAGAUAUUGAUGAUCUACAACUCCCAUCUGCCCUAGCAAGCAUGGCCAAUGGCCAUGGAUUAUUACGGAAAAUGUAGCUCAACAACAGCUGGAGAACCAAUGGGUCCCCACUCCUGGAUGAACAGACUUUUCAAGGACAUUUUCCUUCCGCCUUUAGUCGUCCAUCCCCAAGAUCUUUCAGAAACGUUCAUUCUGUAUAUUCUUCUUCUCGGAAACUUGGCUAAUGCGUAGUUGAAAUCGUUGUGCGCCAAGCGCCGAGCAGGGAGCAAUUACUUCCUGAAUGAAAGCGCAGCGUGGCGCUUAAUGAGACAACGAGGAGCCUGCGAGGUGCUGAUUGGCUCUUCUUCCGAGGGGAAGUUUGUUACAAAUAAAGAUGCUUCUCGAGUUCGGGAGAGUCAGACAAAGGCCGGCCAGCAACGCGGCUGUUUCGUGGGCUUGGACUGAAGAUGCAGAAACUGUGUCAGAGAAAGCCCAACCUGUCUCGGCCGCUGAAAAUGAAACGGCACGCGCCUCCCUUCCCCUUGAUCUUCGUUAUCUACUGCGUUUGCACCGCACGAUUCACCUCAGGAUUUCCACAGCCCUUUGAUGACUAUCUAGGCGAAUCAGACAUUCCUAAAAGCAAGAUCUGCCAUUCUGUUAUGGAUCUUUGUAACUCCAUGUUUAAUGGCAUGCAGAUAGAUGAGGAAAACAAUCAGGAAAUAUAUAAAAGAUUUUUAUUUCACUACUCCAGAGCUCAAGAUCCAACAUAUCCACUUAAAACCGGGUCUUUCCCUGUGCAUCCUUUAAUGAGCCUUGCUCCAAAGCUCUCGGAGAGGAGAAUGAGAAGAUUCCUUGAUCCUGAAUCUCAGCUUGCAGCUGAAGAAUUCGAAAAGAAGGACAGCUUGGAUACCUUGGGCCGACCCUUUUUUCUCUUCAGGCCAAGGAAUGGAAGGACAGUGGAUAAUGGAGGUGAAUAGGCCAGUCAAAAGACUUCAAGGAAAGAGAAAACCCAAGGGUCACUUGGCUUCCUCGCUCUAUCACUUUAAACUCUGAAAAGAAACGUUUGGACUACUAGUCCUUUGUUAAGAGACAUGCUCUUGAAGCCUGUGAAGUUACAUGUAAUAAAUUUGCAGCCAUAAAUUAUA